AUGAGUAUUAUUUGCUAGGAACACUAAUAACAAGUAGUUUUUUAUCGAAAAACUAUUGGUGAAUAAAAAAAGUAAAAGCUAUGUGAAAAAUGCGUUGUAAAUAUGAAUAAGAAUUUAAUACUGAUUGAAGAUUUAGAAAAGUAAUUCAAUUAAUUAAAAUCUUAAUUUUCAAAGGAAAUAGAAUCAAAAAGAUCGCAAAAUUUAUAAGUCUUACAAUAAGUUAGAAAUUAGCUUUAGGAAUAAAUGGAUUAAAUUACAAAUAUUUUAGGAAAAAUAAUAUUCUUUAUUGACACAUAAGUGAAAAUCAUAAUAAAUUUGAAAGAUGAAUCAAUAGAAACUUUAUCACUAAAUAAUGAUUUUUCAACCUUUUAAUAAUUAACUUGUGAAGAAUCAAUUAUAUUUAAUAAUAUUUAAACCUAAUUAUUAGGAUAUAUCAAAUAAUUGGGAUAUGCUCAAUUUUAAGAGUAAUUAGAAAAAUUAAUAAAUAAGAUUGAUUAUGAUAAUUCAAAGUUUUAUGAUUCUAUAUGUUAAUACUUUAACUUUAAACGUAAUUUGAACAAUGAACCUGAGAUGGAUAGUAAAUGGAUAUGUGAGAAACAUAAAGAUAAAAUAUAUUAUGUAGAUUUAAAUUAUCAAGAAACAGUUCCAAAUCGAGUAGCAUGUGGAAAAUGUGUUCCUUAAUAUUUUGUAAAAUAUGAAUCUCUUGAUACUUUGAAAUAACAUUGGGAAAAUCAAGAGGUGUUAAUUCACAAUUGUAUUGAAAAAAAUGAUAAGUUUAUUAUUUAGUAAAUUAGCAGAACAAAAGAAUUCAUGAAAUCUUAUAAAGAAUAAGUUAUUUAAUUAAUUGAUGGUUGCUUUGAUAAAAUAGAUUAGAUUAGUAAAAAUUAAAAUUGGAUAUAAAAAAAUACUAAAUAUCUUAUAAAAAAGGAUUGGUAUUAAUUGGAAAAGGGAGAGUUAAUUUAAAUUGCAAACAUAUUUGGGUAAUAAUAACCUGAAAAAGUUUUAUAGAAAGAAAUUGAUGAUUAAAGAUAUUAGUCUAUGUCAUAAACUAAAACUUUUAUUAAAAAGGCUUAUGAAAUAAUCUUAGAGUUGACUAAUGAAUAAAGAUCUAAAUUUAAAGAUUUAUUUCACAGAGAUUUUUAGGAAAAAUGUGAUCAGAUAAUGAAAACUGCAAAAGUAAAUAAUAAUAUAUAGAUGAAGAAUAAUUUGAAAUUCUAGGUUUAAGAGAAAUUUUCAAUAAAUGAAAGAUUGGAAAGUUCAUUUGAUGAAGUUAAUAUUUUUACUAUAACUUUUAAUUACUAUGGAAAUAUAAUGAUAGCUGGAUAUGAGAAUAAACUAAUAAAAGUAUUUAACUUUGAUAAAGGUAAUCUAUAACAAAUUUAAUAAUUAAAUCAUCAUACAAAUAAAGUAACAUGUUUAUAAUUCAUAAACGAAUCUUCAUCCUUUAUUUCUGGAUCUAGUGAUAAAACAAUAGUGAUUUGGGAAUAAGAUGAUUAAUUCUAAUGGAAAUGUUAAUAACAACUUUAAGGUCAUUCAUAAUGUAUAAGUUGUUUAAUAGUAUCAAAAUCUGGAAAGUUUAUUAUUUCUGGAAGUUUAGAUACAACAAUUAUUAUUUGGAAAAAGGUUUAAAAUAUAUGGAAUUGGUUUUAAACUUUGUAGUAUCAUAAAAAGAAAAUAAUAUCUUUAUCAUUGAAUCAUUCUGAAAAUUAAAUGAUCUCAUGUGCACAUGAAGAAACAAUGAUUCAAAUAGCUACAUAUAAUAGUGAUACUUAAUUUUGGACUAAAACUCAUAUUAUUAAAACUAAUUAAUGGGGAUUAAGUUUACAUUUUAUAAAUGAAACUCUAUUUACAUUUCAACCUUACAAUUCCAAAAUUUUUCAACUAUAUACAAAACAAAAUGGAAAGAAAGAAUUUUUUAAAAUAAAAGAUAUUUAAUUAAAUAAAAGUGGCUAAUCCAUUAUAUCUUUUCCAUAGAUAUUUAACAAUACAAAGUCCCUUUUAUUACUUAAAAAUGGACCCUAAAUUGUGAUUUUUAGAAUAACACAAGAUUAAUAAUUUAUUAUUGAUGGUUUGAUUAAUUUUUAUUCUGAUGAAAUAAUAGGAUCCAUUACUCCUGAUUUUCAAUAUUUAGUGACCUGGGAUAAUUAAUCAAAAAAUUUAUAAAUUAGAAAAUUAGUUGAAUAAAGUUGA